CAUGCGUUUAUAUGACACUUAUGUCAUAUAUUCAGUAAUACUUAAACUCAUUAGUGUAAUGCAGUGCAAAGUAUGCAAUACUGCUGAGUAUGAAGUUAAUGAAGAAUGCUGUCCAAUGUGCUCUCCUGGUCACCAUGUGUUAACUCACUGCUACAAAAAUUCAGGCACAAAGUGUAGCGUGUGCACUGGAUCAACCUACACUGAUGUCCCGAAUGGUCUGACAGCAUGUCUCAGCUGCACUGUGUGUGAUGAAGGUAAUGGAUUAAGGGUAAAGAAGAAGUGUUUAUACAAUUCAGAUGCACUCUGUGAGCCUUUGCCAGGACAUUAUUGUAUACUAGCUCAUGGUGAGAGCUGCAGAAAAGCCAGAGAGCACUCCACCUGCCUUCCUGGACAAUACAUCAACCAGACAGGAACAGCUUUAAAGGAUACUGUAUGUAAAGACUGCUCUGAAGAGACAUAUUCAAAUGGUUCUUUAAUGUAUUGUGAACCACAUACAAAUUGUGAGUCUUUGGAGCAGAUAACAGUCACAUGGGGAACACCAUCGAGUGAUGCUGUGUGCAUCUAUACACCAUCUAAUCUCGGCCUCAUCGUUGGGAUUUUGUUUUCACUGAUAUUGUUGAUUGUCAUUUUUAGUGUUUUAUUAUGGAAGAAUAAGAAAGCUUUAACAUGCUGUAGAAAUCAUUUUGAAAAUGAAACUGUGAUGUAGAUACAUUAGUAUUGUAGCAGUAAGAUACUGUAUAAAUACAAAAGGCUAGUGUUUCACUAAAAAUAAAUAAUCUAACAUAA